UACGUAAUUGAACCAAUAAUCAUUUUGUCUCCUAUCUUGUAAUGAAGGUCAUAAGUUUAUUACUCUAUUUUUUUACUUCUUCCUCAUUACAAAAGUUCUGUUCCUAAUUUAUUUAAUUUAAGGUUAAACAAGUAAGUCCUUAAUUGGAAUUUAAACAAAUGAAUAACAAGGUAUAUUUUAUUGGCGUUGAUGUUGGCUCGGGCAGUGUUCGAGCAGCUCUAGUUGAUGAUAAAGGACAUGUAUUGAAGACGUCAGUUAAAGAACUCCAGACAUGGAAACCAAAAGUUGAUUACUAUGAACAAUCAUCCAAUGAUGUAUGGGAUAGCUGUAUAUUUGUGAUAAAGAAUGUCAUUGAGGAUGUGAGUGCAGCAAACAUAAAAGGUAUUGGUUUUGAUGCUACCUGCUCUUUGGUAGUGUUAGACAAAAAUGGUAACCCGGUUGCAGUCAGUAAUUCUAAUAAUAAUGAACAAAACAUUAUCAUGUGGAUGGACCACAGAGCUCAAGCUGAAGCUGAUAUUAUUAACAAAAAGAAUCAUGAAAUUCUCAAAUAUGUUGGAGGAAAAGUAAGUUUGGAAAUGGAGAUACCUAAACUGCUAUGGUUAAAAAAGCAUCUGCCAACUAAAUGGGCCCAGUUUGGACACUUUUUCGACCUUCCAGACUUCUUAACAUGGAAAGCAACAGGAUCAUUAAGUAGAUCUUUGUGUUCUCUAGUUUGCAAAUGGAACUAUGAUUGUUCAAGUGUUGGGAAACAUGGUUGGAAUGUGAGUUAUCUAUCUGACAUUGGUUUAAAUGACCUUGCAGAGAAUAACUUUGAAAAAAUUGGUAAUAAAGUGUUGAUGCCAGGGGAGAAAUGUGGAGGCCUCACAGUGGAAGUAGCACAUAUUCUUGGUCUAGCAACGGGCACUCCAGUUGCAUCUUCUAUCAUUGAUGCUCAUGCUGGUGGUCUUGGUAUGAUAGGUUCACAUGGUGAAGGCAUAGACAAAAAUAUGUCUAGUCGUCUGGGGUUGAUAUGUGGAACAUCUACAUGUCAUAUGGCUGUGAAUGACAAACCUGUUAUAGUUCAAGGCAUAUGGGGACCAUAUUUCAGUGCUAUGGUUCCAAAUAUGUGGCUUAAUGAAGCCGGUCAAAGUGCCUCUGGAAUGUUAUUAGACUAUAUAAUAUCCAGCCAUCCAGCUGGUAUCAGACUGCUCAAAAUAUAUAAUACAGGAGAUGUGCGAAAUCAUCUUAGAGAAUUACUUGUAAAGAUGGCAAAUUUUCAAGGCUUAAAUGAUGUAAGCCUGCUGACCAAAGAGCUACAUGUUUGGCCAGACUUCCAUGGAAAUAGAUCUCCUUUAGCAGACCCUUAUAUGAGGGGAAUGUUAGUUGGAUUAUCAAUAAAUGAUAGUGAAGAAAAUCUAGCUUUGUUAUAUCUUGCCACAUUACAAGGUUUAUCGUAUGGUACCAGACAUAUUAUAGAUGCCUUGACAAAGGCUGGUUAUGAACCAUUUAAGUCUUUGCUUAUCUGUGGUGGCAUCACUAAGGAUCCACUUUUUGUCCAGAUCCAAGCUGAUGCUGUUGGGUUGCCCAUAUUAAAACCAUAUGAAAAAGAUUCUGUAUUAGUUGGUUCUGCCAUACUGGGUGCUUGUGCAUCUUCAUAUUUUAAUAAUAUUGAAGAUGCUAUUCAAAACAUGGGUGGUGAAGCAGAAGUUAUUCAUCCUAAUCUAAAUAUAAAGUCAUUCCAUAAUAAAAAAUAUUUAGUAUUUUUACAAAUGUUUCAGGAUCAAUUAAAAUACAGGACUAUUAUGAAUUAGUUACAAGGAUCUAUGUAUCCUAGUUAGUUUGUUUAGCAUGCUGAACCCCUAAAAUCAUGCUCUGAGUAAAAAUCUAUAUGUACUUUUUUUUCAUUAUUUAUAGUUAUUAAACAUAACAAAUUACUAUUGUCAUUUGUUAUGUUUUGUAGAGUUGAUGUUGAUAUGUAUUUGUAUGUAGGUAACUAAAUAGGUACAAUUUAUAACAUUUAUUAGUCACAGAAAAGGGACCCACUAUUUUGUAAGCUAUUUAUAAAUAUAUUUUCUGUAUAUUUUGUAUAUAGCAUAUUUAGUAAACACCCAUUCAUUUCUAUGUUAUUGAAAUUAUUAAUUCUAUACUAAAAGAUCUAAUUAAUUAUACAAAAAUAAUUAUAUA